UUUUGACUUCAGGGUUGGCCUUCAGUUCCGGUCUCAUCGGCACAGCAGAAUACACACACUCUGACCUGACACAUAUGUGGCAGAAUUGCCAGGAUGACUCAGAUACACUCAGCACAGGGUCGAUAAGUUGGACGCCCAGCAGCAACGUCAGAGCCUAUGCUGAGGAACACCUGGUUAUCACAGUGAUGAAGAACAACGACAUUCAGCCAACUAGACUUCAAACCCACUCAACCACACCCAUUGGGAGACGAAAAAAAUCUGCAUAUGAACUAGGAACAUCUGGAUCAUGGUCGAGCAUCUCUAACAGGACCACCCCGACUCUGUCUCGCCCUGCUAGGACAAGCCCUCAUCCUCCCUCUCCCUCCCCCUCACAUUCUCCCUCUUUUCCUCUUUCCCCCCCUCUCUCUGCCGGCCUUUCUCGUCCCACGUCAGGCUCCAGUGGCGUGGAGUUGGGCACAGUGUUUCGUCCGUUGUCACGCGCCGCCCAGGAGAUUAUGGAGAUCUGUGGCUUGGACCAGACAGGCUGCGAAGACCCUGACCUGCACACGGACACAAACACAUACACUCUGUCCUGUCUGGAACGGGAACUCCAACUCAUGGGCAAUGAUACCGGGAUGCAGGCCUUUAUAGCUGGUGGGAGAGUCAGUGGAAGUCCAGGUCACCACAGGAAUCAGGCUCUCACUCGGAAUGGAAUCAGCGAGGAGCAACAGAAGGAAGAGGAGGAAGCACAGAGAGAUCGGCAGAGUGUGCUCUCACUACCCUGAGAUGUUCUUGUGUGCGCAUACACACACUCUCUCUCUCUCACUCUCUCUCUCACACACACACACACACACACACACACAGCCACGUGAAUUCUGUAAUUUGAUUUGCUGAUUUAUCUGUCACAGUGUAA